GGGGAGCAGUUCACGGGCCGUGGCCCGCGUAGCCCCCGCCGGAGCUCGCUCAAGAGCUGGCUCCACUUUUGCGAGGAAGGUCUGCAGAGCCCGCGGAGCCGCAAGCGGUCCGAGGACAGCCAGGCAGCCGGCUGCUGUGACUGUCCCGGUCCGGAGGCCGCGCACUCGGACUGCACCUGCGACUGCCAUCACCAAUCUCCCGGGAGCAGCUCUCUGAGCAGCCCCGAGCACGCCUCCUAGAGCACAUCCCGCAAUCGGUAGUGUUAGGAGAUGAAUUUCCUCAAAAAGAAAAUCAAGGGCCACAAGCGAGGAGGCCCCGAGAGUGACGAGGUUGAAGCGGCCAUCUAUGCCAAGCAGUUAGCCGAGGGCCAGCAGCCACAGCAGCCGCCAGAGGCCAAGGAGCGCACCGGCGAGGAGUGGCGCUUCUUUGAGCAGCUGACGCAGCGCGUCCAGGACACUGUGCACAAGACCCAAACCACCCUAAGCAAGAUAAAAGAGAGCUCUGCCAUCACCGAACUCACCCGGCCCGACUACUACCUUGAACCGACCGCCGCACCUCCCGAACAACCGGCCAGCCCAGCCAGGUCGUGGGUGAACUUUGAGGAGAGCGAGGGUGCAGAAGCACCGGGGCCUUCUGCAGAGCCGGCGAAGGAACCGGUCGGUGAUUUGGUGAAGGACCUGGUGAGUGAGCCAGAAGGUGCGCUCGUUAGUGAGCCGGUCAGUUCACCACCGGAAGCUCAGCCGGCUGGUGACGAAGACCAGGCCAGGAAACUCCUCGAAGAGUUUGGCUUUGGCAUCGAGGAGCCACCCGCACCUCCGCCUUCAAACGCACCCCACCUCGACCUGCUGAGUGGCUUUGGGAUCGAGGAACCCCAGCCCUCGGAAGCCCAUCACAUAGACGUCAGUGACCCUUUUGACACGUCGUUCGUCGACACACUUGCAUCGAGCACCGAACCCGACCCCUUUGACACUUCAUUUGUGGACAGCUGCGUUGCUGCCAAGGAGGCACCACCUGCCGGCGCGGACGGCAGCGAAGCCAGCCCGGAGAUGAGCAACCCGUUCCUCACCGAUGUGUCCGCGACGACCGGUGAAAGCCUCUUCAGCACUGGUGACACGGGUGACGUUGCGCCCGACGUUCCCAACUUUUUUUCAGGUUCGCGCCGGUCGAGCACCAACCCUUUCGACAACCUCGAGGAAGACUUAGCGUUCUUUCAGGCCACUCUGGUCGGUGCGGCGGAAGCAGACGCAACGCAGCGUGAAGCCAGUGACCUUUUGCAGGACAUUGCAGCGACGUUUCCCUGCGAGUCUGAGGAUGCAGCUCCCCUACCUUCGAAUGGCGACCCCUUUAAGUGCAGUGAAACUGUGCAGCAGCAGCCCGUGUCUGACCUGUUUGCGAGCGAGCCUGAAACGGCAGCAGCGGCUCCGGAUGCCUUCCAGGUCGCUUUUGGCAAGGCCAGCUUCGACCGAGGCCUUUCGCCCGACAAGUGCGGACUGUCGGGCGGUGCCUUCGAUGACACGUCUCCGGAGGAAGCCGGAGGCUCACCCGCAGAACCCAUCGGCUCGUUUGAUCCCUUUUCAGACCUCAGCCGAGAAAGCCAGGAGCCAAUUCCGGCUGCCCUGGCCAGCAUCACACCCCAGAGGGAGGACGUUAGCCCAUUCAGCAUUGCACCCAGCGACAAACAGGAACAACCGGCUGCAACCGACAGCAAACCCGAGCUGUUUGCAGACUUUGGUACCAAUGAAGUGCCACCUGCAUCUGCAGAGUGCGAUUUUUUUGGCAAAGAUUCAGGUGCUACUUCAGCUGUGAUAGCCUCUGACGACCCGUUUUGUUCGGGCAGCGUUGCUUCUCCACCGAUGAGUGACACCCAUUCGGUUCAAGCAGUGCGGCUGCUCCUCCCAAAACGACGGGCGACUGACAUCUUCGGGACGAGCAGUUUGAGUGGCACGGUCGCGGCCGGCAGUGACCCCUUUCGCACGACUGAUGUCACUGCCGCCAAGUCUGUGGUGAGUGAUGGUCACGACCUAUUUGACACGAGCGAUGCUGCCGACCCUGCUGCAACCAUCGCCAACGGCUUCGGCAGUGUUGGUGCUCCCGUUGCGCCGGCGAGUGACGACCCGUUUCAGACGAGUGGCGCCGCAGCUUCAACCUUGGCAGGUGGUGACAGCUUGUUUGACACGAGCGACAUUGCCGCUGGAGCAGCAAGCGAUGAUCCCUUCAGCGCUAGCAACAUCGAUGCCACUGUUCACCCGCCCGGUGCUGACCCUUUCGACACUAGUAACAUUCAGCUCGAGCCUGCGAAGAAUGCUGUCCCCUUCACGGACACUGCCGCCUUUGAAGCAUUCGCGGCAAAAUUCGAGCAGGCCAUUGAAAAGUUCGAAGACGCCACCCUGGCCCCCGCAUUUGAGGAGCUCGACCAGCAGUCGGUGCAAGAAGAUGGCGAUGACGCAGGCUUCGACAGCAUGGACAUUUUCGAUCCCUUUGCACCCAAGGCGCCGCCUCCACCCAAGGCAUCUCCAAGGGUGCCCGUCAAGGAAGUCUCGCAAGAUUCGUUCGACGACGAUGACGUGGGGCCCGACCUCUCUGUCGUCAUCCGACCCAAGAUGCGGGAGGCCGCUGCGCCGGAUGUGGCCAGUCUUGAGCCACCGCCCAAGCUGCAGCCGCCACCAAAGUCGCCCGUGCGGUCCCGGUUCAACCCUUUCGACAGGGGUGCAGCGAUCCGGGACGAGCCCGUGGUUGACGAAGUGGGUCCCACGCCAGCGCUGGGCGAGGCGGCGGCCAUGCAGCGCGAGUCGGCGGAGAGCCCGUCGACGCCGCUGUUCGACGAGGACACGUCGCAGCCGCUUGAGGAGUUUCGGCCCAAGUUUGAGGGCGAUGGCUGGGAGAUGAUGCUGCGGCAUCCGAACAAGAAGAAAAUCACGGGCAACCGCUACUGGAAGAAAGUGUUUGUGCGCAUGACGGAGCAGAACAUCCUGUACUUGCACAACAGCCGGGAGGACGCUGACCCUUUUCAAGAGGUUCCACUCCAGGCCUGCUACUCGCUGUCCGAGAUGGGUGCCCAGCAGUUUGACGCCUACGGCAAGAUCUUCACCGUGAAGCUGCAGUACGUGUUCUACAGGGAGCGGGUGGGUGUGCGUCCGGGCCAGAUCUCCAAGGUGAUGCAGGGCCAGAUCACGAGCGUCGGCCAGUUUGCCAAGCUGGGCCUGCCCCUGGAGCACGCACCCCAGGUCUCGCAGCUCCUCAAGCUGGGCACCCAGAGCUGCGAGGACCUCAAGAGCUUCAUUCAGGUUGUGGAGGAUGCCUUGUUCCGGCUACAGAUCCAUCGAGACCGGGCGCUCACUUACAAGACGGAAGAGAUCCAGGUGACCGUGCAAGACGAGUUUAUUGUCGAGCAGGACAAGACGGGACACGUUUGGAAACAGAAGGCCCGUGUGCGAGUGUUCUUCCUUGCGUUCAUUAGUGGGAUGCCUGAUAUCGAGGUGGGCAUCAACGACCUGACCCGGCAGGGCAAGGAAGUUGUGGGCCGCUACGACAUCAUGCCCGUCGUCACCGAGGAGUGGAUCCGCCUGGAAAACUGCGAGUUCCACUCGUGCGUCCUCCAGGAGGAGUUUGAGAACAACCGCAUCAUUAAGUUGCACCCUCCCGAUGCCUGCCUCUUUGAAUUGAUGCGGUUUCGGAUACGACCACCAAAAGCGCGGGAACUACCGUUGCAGCUGAAGGUCGUGAUGCGGGUGUCGCCGAGGCACGUGGAACUCCGUGCCGACGUCCUGGUGCCCGGCUACCACAGCCGCAAGCACGGCCAGGUGCCCUGUGAGGACGUGCAGAUCCGCUUCCCUAUUCCCGAGUGCUGGGUCUACCUCUUCAGGGUGGAGAAGCACUUCCGAUACGGUGCCCUCAAGUCUGCGGCCAGGAGGCCCGGAAAGAUAAAGGGCUUGGAACGGAUCAUGGGCACAGCCCAGCCAUUGGAGACCAGCCUCAUAGAAGUUUCAACGGGGCAAGCCAAAUAUGAACAUGCCCACAAGGCCGUUGUAUGGCGCAUUCCUCGGUUGCCCAAGGAGGGUCAAGGUGCCUACACUAGUCAACUGUUCCUGCUACGACUGGACCUGACCUCUUUCGACCAGAUCCCUGCCUCGUUCGAGCAGUACGUUUUCGUCGAGUUCACCAUGCCAGCGACGAGCGUGUCGCACACCACGGUGCGUUCCAUCUCCGUGUCCAACGAGAAUCCUCCAGAGAAGUACGUCCGCUACUUGUCCAAGCACGAGUACCGGGUGGAAAUAGAGCUGCAGACGGGGGAAGUGCCGCCGUCGGAGACUGAAAUCUCUAGUCUGGCCGCCGUUGCCCAGCAAGCCGGUCCGUACGAGCCACCGGCAACCGCUACCGCCACCGCCGCCGCCACGAGCGACGACUCGGACUGAGUGUGCUGCCGCAGUGCUGCGCGUGUGUCGCUGCUCCCUCGGCUGCCCCUCGCGUGUGGGGGCCGCAGUGCCCUUAUCUAGUCAGCAAUGUAUGUCAAGUGUUCAGUCUACUGUGCUAUGCACACGAAUGAUGUGUUCCUGUUGAAAAAAAGAAGAGUUUUAAGAUCCCGUUUCUUCUCGUGCAUGUAUUAUUGACACUUUUUUGUUUCGGAGUUUUUUGUUGACUCUAUACACUACCGCUACUACCACUGGCUGCUGUCAACUCUGUGAUCGCUUGGCAACAUCCGCCGCUUCGUUCCUCCACGUGGUUGAGGAAGCUGCAGCGGCCGUUAGUUUGUUCACGCGCUGCCAACCCGCCGCGGGUGGUGGGCCGUUGCAAGCGCUCGGCCGAGCUACGUAUGGCUGCCCGGAAGAAAGGAGAUUCCCUCUUCCGGUGCCGUCGACCACGUCGGCCGUGCGAAUAAUGCCGGAACCACCUACCCGCCCAUCGGGCUCGAAGCCCGGUAGAGGGAGGGUCUGUGUGUCUGUUUUAGGCGGUGUGGCGCUCUGCAAAUAAAUGUCUCGACUGUGGCAGCUGGCGAUGGAGCGACCAAGUCAUUUGUUGCACGACUCUAUGUGUAUCUAUGGCCGGGAGGUUCUGUGCACAUGGUGUGUCUGUAUGGGCACCAAUCAUUGCCGAAGGAAAAUAAAGACGAAACACUUAA